AGGCGAUUCAGAAGUAGCAAAAAUGAUCAUCGAAUUAUGGUACUCAAUUCCACUAAGUGAGUCGACUUACAAGUAUCUUACGAAAACGCUUCAAGAGCUUAUCAACAUCCACAGCUCAGACGAUCUGAAGUCAGGAACGUCUGGAUUGAUUAACAUCGAAGAAAAGCACCUAAAGGAGUUGCAAGGCGUUUGGGAAAGGUGGCUUAAUUUGAACGUGCAAGGAACACAUUGGAUUCUAAGGCAACGAGUCGAUAUUUCGAGAAAAUCCGAAUCAAAAUACAGAUUUGAUCCGACGUAUAUCGAAAAUAUUCCAAAACAACAUGCAAGCACAGCAAAGAAGUGGUUAGAGGACGGUGACUUUCGUCGAACACAUAUGGAGCAGCCUGCAUUUGCCGAGAAUCCGACCUUGACUGGAUAUUCAGGAAUCUCAGUUGACGGCCCAUAUUCUUAUGCUGUUCCAUGGGACGGUCUUCCAUUCUUUGGAUGGGAUUACGUGCAGGUGAAGAAAUUCAAGAAUUGCAGUUGCAUUGUCACGAUGUUUGGUGAUUAUGUGGAGUACAUACUAAGAAGAUUCAAGAACACGUUGUCAAAACAGCAGAUCAGUUUUCAGGUUGCAUUGUGUGAUUGCACGGACAUUAAACAACAUUUAGAAAUGAACACAUUGUAUGAUCGAAUUUUAACAUCAAAUUUGAUGGAUUAUAUCAUUCUUCCAGUUAUACUGAAGCUGUGCUCCGAGAUGUUGAACCACAGCAACACUUGUGCAACGAUUAUUACAGAAACACUGACUUAAUUGGGCUGGGGACUUUGGCCAACCCAUUAACUCGUCACCAUACGAAUUGACGAAUAUUGCUGAAGCAGAUGUACAGCGAUACCCAGACUUCCAGAACGACCAUCCGAAGCCUAGUUUCCUGGAAUAUGUUGAGGACUCUUGGGAUUUCUACAAUUACCUUAGAGCACUAUUUUACGCAUAUCUGAUGAAAAAAAGAACGGUAGCAGAAGACUCCAGACAACUUAAAGUUCCUAUUAGAAAGGAAUUGGGGAAAAAAUUCAAGUUGCGUCUCCGUGAUUGCUUACGAAACGAAAACAAAAUUGUUUUCUUUAGGAUGGCAGCCAAUAGGCGAACUGUGAGCUCUGUUGAGGGUGAUGAGCGCUUCUUAGAGUGGAUACCGUUGCAUGAGGAAUAAAUUGCUAACGUUGAUAAUUAAAGAGUACUUAUUAGCUCCGACUUCAAUAAUUACUGUACUAGAAACUUCAUUUAUAUAAAUGACACAAAACCAAAACUUUAAUUCAAUGAUUUACUAAAAAGAAACUAGAAGAGAAGAAAGCAAGAUAAUGGUGACACUCACAGUACAUUGUAAUUUAUGAUUUAGAUCCUUAUUUUAGAACAAUAAUGAGUAUCUUAUGUUUAUAAAACAACAUUAAAAGAGUUUGAAUUUUUUCACUAAGGUUACAGAACAUUUUUAAAGAGAAAGCAUUUAAUGAAACAAAUAUUGAAAGUCGUCGAGGCAUUUUCGAAUUAAAUUAGUUAAAAGCCACAGCAGCUGCAGUUAGGUAUAGCUGUGGUGAUAAAAUUGAAACACUUUAGAUGUUUAAAUAAGUAAGAAACUGUUUGUCUUUUAGCAAGUAAUUAAAUUACUAAUAGUAAGUAGUGUUGACUCUCAUAAUUAGUUUUAAUUACAAAAUCGA